CGAAUACUGUGAAUAUUGUGUUUCUAACACACAUUCCAAGUUUCCAAGUUCAUGUUUACACGCUUUGGACGUAAAUUGAAAAGAUAUGUUGACGUUACUUUACGUUAUACUUUUGACAAUUUUCGCCGGUCAUCUGUGCAAAGAACAAUUUUGUUCUGUAGAUAACGAUUCAAAAUUCUGUAAAGAAAAUGAGAUUGAUCGGCAGAAAUCAUCGUUAUAUACAAAAGAAAUAAAUGAAAGUUAUAAGAAAUAUCUAGUAGCAAUGGAAAAUGCAGAAAAAAGCUACAAGAAAUGCAAUAAUACAAAGCACGAAUGCUUUAAAGAUGUCAUCUUACGAGACCUAGGACCUUUUAGAACUAAGGGCAUAAGCGAAGAAAUGAUUCAAGCUGCUAGAACUAGGGGUACAUUUUACCAAGUAAUUAAAGGUAAAUUGUACAGAGAGAAAGACUGUAUGUUUCCAGCCAGAUGUGCUGGAAUUGAGCAUUUUUUAUUAAAGGUAAUUGGUAACUUAUCAGACAUGGAUUUAGUGAUAAAUACCAGAGAUUAUCCUCAAUCUAGCGAAUAUUUUGGAAAUGCUAUGCCUGUUUUUUCAUUUAGUAAGACACCACAAUAUUAUGAUAUUAUGUAUCCAGCAUGGGCAUUUUGGGAAGGUGGUCCAGCUAUUUCGUUGUAUCCUCAUGGUCUUGGCAGAUGGGAUCAACAUCGUAAAUCUUUAAAUAAGGCGAGUUUGGAGAUUCCAUGGGAAAAAAAGGAAAGUAAAGGAUUUUUUCGUGGGUCUAGAACGAGUUCGGAACGCGAUAACUUAAUUUUAUUAAGUCGUAGUAAACCUCAUUUAGUAGAUGCUCAAUAUACUAAGAAUCAAGCAUGGAAAUCUAAUGAGGACACUUUGCAUGCAACACCAGCGUCAGAGGUGUCUUUAGAGUCGCAUUGUACAUAUAAAUAUUUAUUCAAUUUUCGAGGCGUGGCAGCUUCCUUUCGAUUCAAACAUCUAUUUUUAUGCCGAUCAUUGGUCUUUCAUGUCGGCGACGAGUGGGUAGAAUUUUAUUAUUAUGAAAUGAAACCCUGGAUUCAUUACAUACCUGUUCCUAAAGAUGCACAUCAGAAAGAGUUGGAAAAUUUAAUUGAAUUUGUGCAGAACAAUGAUGAUAUAGCAAAAAAAAUUGCUUAUCGCGGAAGAGACUUUAUAUGGAAUAAUUUGCGGAUGUCAGACAUAACAUACUUCUGGAAACAACUUCUUAAAAGUUAUGGUAAACUUGUAGCAUAUAAACCAGUAUUAAAGAAAGAUGUCAUAAACAUUAGAGAAAAACAGUAAUAUAUGAUAAUUUUGAACAUUAAACGAAAUUGUUCGGUAUCCUUUUAGAUAAUGUAUAGAUUAAUCUCCCUUCUCCCUCCCACCGUUUCCCUAUUUCUCUGUGCUCGCGCGCGUGCCUAUGUAUGGAUAUAUGUGUGCAGGGUUGGGAAGUAACGUUCGUUACUUGUAACGCCAUUACUGUUUUUGUAGCUUUUUUAUGGUAACGAGCGUUAGCUUUUUAUGUUUGUAACGGUAACGUCGUUGCAUUUUUACAGUAACGGUAACGAAAUCUAGCCGUUACUUUUUCUUUACUUUAAUUCCUUAUUGUCUAUUUAAUAGAUCACGCAUUAGUCUUGAUUGAAUACAAAUAUUUUUAUCCAAAUCAAAUGACAAUAAAUUUUCAAAAUCAUAAUGCACAACGUACAUACAAUUGAAAAAUGGUCUUAAAUAUUCAAUUACUCAUUAAAUUAGUUUAAAGUUGAUUUUUUGUAUUGAUUAAUAAUGUUUGAUUAAUCAUCAUUCAUAAUCAAUCA